GGGCCCCAGCCGCUCAGCCGGAUCGCUGCGCACCCAGCCAGUCCGCCUGUCAGGCCGCCUCCUCUAGGGCCGUCUGGCUUUUCGCCCUGCGGCGCCUGGCCCUUCCCCAUGUUGGCACCCUCAGCCACGGAGACCGCGGUCCCUAUGUCCCAGACCGAGGCCGACCUGGCCCUGCGAUCCCCGCCGCCUCUUGCCACCGCGGGGCCGCCUCGCCUCGGGCCCCCUCCUCGCCGAGCGCGCCGCUUCUCCGGGAAGACUGAGCCCCGGCCGCGCUCUUCUCGACCCAGCCGCCGCAGCUCAGUCGACUUGGGGCUGCUGAGCUCUUGGUGCCAGCCAGCCUCACCCGCUCCGGAACCCCCCGAUCCUCCGAAUUCUGUUGGUCCCAGCCCUGGAAUGAGCCCACCGCCUAGCGCUGAAGAGCCCCCUGAGGGCACGUGGACCAAGGGAGCCCCUGGGAAGGCUCCAAACUCCCCGCAUCCCGAGCUCACGGGCUCCGCAGGAGGCCCGGGGUCCGGGGAGCCCCCGAGGGUCCCAGAAGCCACGGCCCGAGAGCGGCGGCGGGAGCAGGAAGAAAAGGAGGACAUGGAGACUCAGGCUGUGGCAACGUCCCCAGACGGCCGAUACCUCAAGUUUGACAUCGAGAUUGGACGUGGCUCCUUUAAGACGGUGUAUCGAGGGCUAGAUACGGACACCACGGUGGAGGUGGCCUGGUGUGAGCUGCAGACUCGGAAACUGUCUCGAGCAGAGCGGCAGCGCUUCUCGGAGGAGGUGGAGAUGCUCAAGGGCCUGCAGCACCCCAACAUCGUGCGCUUCUACGACUCGUGGAAGUCGGUGCUGCGGGGCCAGGUUUGCAUCGUGCUGGUCACCGAACUCAUGACCUCGGGCACGCUCAAGACGUACCUGAGGCGAUUCCGGGAGAUGAAGCCGCGAGUCCUUCAGCGCUGGAGCCGCCAAAUCCUGCGGGGGCUUCAUUUCCUACAUUCCCGGGUACCUCCCAUCUUGCACCGGGAUCUUAAGUGCGACAACGUCUUUAUCACUGGCCCAACGGGCUCCGUCAAGAUCGGGGAUCUGGGCCUGGCCACUCUCAAGCGCGCCUCCUUUGCCAAGAGUGUCAUUGGGACCCCGGAAUUCAUGGCCCCCGAAAUGUACGAGGAAAAGUACGAUGAGGCCGUGGACGUAUACGCCUUUGGCAUGUGCAUGCUGGAGAUGGCUACCUCUGAGUACCCGUACUCUGAGUGCCAGAAUGCCGCGCAAAUCUACCGCAAGGUCACUUCGGGCACAAAGCCGAACAGCUUCUACAAGGUGAAGAUGCCGGAGGUGAAGGAGAUCAUUGAAGGCUGCAUCCGCACGGAUAAGAACAAGAGGUUCACCAUCCAGGACCUCCUGGCCCACGCUUUCUUCCGAGAGGAGCGCGGCGUGCACGUGGAGCUGGCGGAGGAGGACGACGGGGAGAAGCCGGGCCUCAAGCUGUGGCUGCGCAUGGAGGACGCGCGGCGCGGGGGGCGCCCACGGGACAACCAAGCCAUAGAGUUCCUGUUCCAGCUGGGCCGGGACGCGGCCGAGGAGGUGGCGCAGGAGAUGGUGGCUCUGGGCUUGGUCUGUGAAGCUGAUUACCAGCCAGUGGCCCGGGCAGUGCGUGAACGGGUUGCUGCCAUCCAGAGAAAGCGUGAGAAGCUGCGCAAAGCUAGGGAGUCUGAGGCCCUCCCACUGGAGCCAGGACCUCCACCAGCAACUGGCCCUGUGGCUCCUGGUCCCCCCAGUGCCUUCCCCCCUGAGCCUGAGGAGCCAGAGGCAGACCAGCACCAGCCUUUCCUCUUCCGCCAUGCCAGCUACUCAUCUACCACCUCGGAUUGCGAGACUGAUGGCUACCUCAGCUCCUCCGGCCUCCUGGAUGCCUCAGACCCUGCCCUCCAGCCCCCUGGGGGGGUGCCAUCCAGCCCCGCUGAGUCCCAUCUCUGCCUGCCCUCGGGUUUUGCCCUAUCCAUUCCACGUUCUGGCCCUGGCAGUGACUUUUCCCCUGCGGACAGCUAUGCCUCAGAUGCAGCAUCAGGCCUUAGCGAUGUGGGAGAAGGGCUAGGACAGAUGAAAAGACCUCCAGGGAGGAAUAUGCGGCGCAGACCCCGAUCCAGGCUUCGGGUCACUAAUGUCUCAGACCAGAACGACAGGGUGGUUGAGUGCCAGCUACAGACCCACAACAGCAAAAUGGUGACCUUCCGAUUUGAUCUGGAUGGAGACAGCCCAGAAGAGAUCGCAGCUGCCAUGGUGUAUAAUGAGUUCAUUCUGCCUUCGGAGCGAGAUGGAUUCCUGAGCCGAAUUCGGGAGAUUAUCCAGCGAGUAGAGACACUGUUGAAGAGAGAUACUGGCCCUGUCAAGGCUACUGAAGACACCCUAGGCGCCCAGGAGGAGCCAGUGCCAUUGCCUUCCCUCCCGGGCCCCCUCCCAGGCCCGUCCAGUGCAGAGUUCCAGAGCAGCACCUCCCUGGAGCAGAGGAGCUGGGCAGCCUUCUCCACCUCCCCAUCUUCCCCUGGAACUCCGUUGUCUCCCGAAAACCCAUUUUCCCCUGGAACCCCCGUUUCUCCAGGUCCCAUCUUCCCCAUCAUGUCUACCCCGUGUCAUCCCAGCCCCUCCCCAUUCUCCCCCAUUUCUUGUCAGAUUUCCUCAAAUCCCUCUCCACAACCCCCCAGCCCUCUACUUCCAUUCUCCUCCAGGGCACCUGAGUUCCCAAUCCCAUCCUCUCAGUUUCCCCAGAGUUCUCUCCCACCCAGUUCUCCACCUCCAUUCUCUCCUGGUUGUUCCCAGGUCACCCUUAAUCCUCCUUCCUUUCCUCCAUGCCCCUCUGCUGCUCCCCUCCCCUCCCCGACAGCAGCCCCUCUCCUCUCACUGGCUAGUGCCUUCUCACUGGCUGUGAUGACCGUGGCCCAGUCCCUGCUGUCCCCUACCCCUGGGCUCCUUUCCCAAUCUCCUCCAGCCCCUCUUAGUCCCAUACCUAGCCUGCCCCCUCCGCUGCCCCUCGCUCCUUGUGGCCAGGAGAGCCCUUCAGCCCACACAGCUGAAAUGGAGAGUGAGGCCUCCCCAAAUCCUGCUCGGCCACUCCUGAACGAAGCCAGACUGGCGCCCAUCUCAGAAGAGGGAAAGCCCCAGCUUGUUGGGCGUUUCCAAGUGACUUCAUCCAAGGAACCAGCUGAGCUACUUCCCCUACAACCAACAUCCCCAACUCUCUCCAGUUCUCUGAAGCCUCCAACCCCUCAGCCAACGUCGGAGAGCUCAGACACAGAGGAUAGUGCUGGAGGCGGGCCAGAGACCAGGGAAGCUCUGGCUGAGAGUGACCGUGCAGCCGAGGGUCUGGGGGCUGGACUCGAGGAGGAAGGAGAGGAUGGGAAGGAACCCCGAGUUGGGGACAGCCCCCCACCCCUGAGCCAUCCCAGCCCGGUGUGGAUGAGCUACUCCUACAGUAGCCUUUGUCUGAGCAGCGAGGAGUCAGAGAGCAGUGGAGAGGAUGAGGAGUUCUGGGCUGAGCUGCAGAGUCUUCGGCAGAAGCACUUGUCAGAGGUGGAGGCACUACAGACACUACAGAAAAAGGAAAUUGAGGACUUGUACAGCCGGCUGGGGAAGCAGCCCCCACCGGGUAUUGUGGCCCCAGCUGCCAUGCUGUCCAGCCGCCAGCGCCGCCUCUCCAAGGGCAGCUUCCCCACCUCCCGCCGCAACAGCCUGCAGCGCUCUGAGCCCCCCGGCCCUGGCAUCAUGCGAAGGAACUCCCUGAGUGGCAGCAGCACCGGCUCCCAGGAGCAGCGGGCAAGCAAGGGGGUGACAUUCGCCGGGGAUGUUGGCAGGAUGUGAAUUCAGAAUAGAAGCUAUGUGUCUCCCCGACACCAGGGCGCACCAUGGAGCUUGUGCUCUCAGAAUCUGAUGCUUUUCUGACCAACACAACUCAGCAAGGAAGACCCCAGCACUGAAGGAGUAGAAGGGACAUGGAGAGUGCAGCUCCAUUACAUGCAGCCAACAUGUGGGAACAGUUUGCUGUGUGGAGGUGUCAGUUCUGCAGCCUACCAUCUUCAUCUUCACCCCCUCCCCAGCCAUGGGUCAACCACUAAGCAAUCCCACUCAAGCCCGGAUGCUUCUAGAGGACCCACUCCCAGCUGGGAGAGUGUAGGGGGUGUGCUCACAGCAGAAUUAGCAGCAGCCAAUAAAAUUGCUGGAAACAAGGA